AUGCUUGGACUUCACGCGCGAGUACUCAUCCGCAACCCGUCUAAACGAGUGCUCAUCCGAUGCCACGGUCCAGAACCCGCCCCUUUCAGCGUCAUCUCGGCGCACAAUUUCUCCUGCAAACUCUGCAGUGUCCUUUUCCGUCGUUCAAUGUCCGAUCUACUUCUUAGCGCUCCAGAUUUCCAGAAUUUUCCGUUCCGGAUCCCAAACGCCACGAUUAGCCGGCGAGAAUUCCUCGUGUCCGGGUACAGAGAAGAGAACCUCCGCCAACACCCCGCGGAAAUUAUAGAUGGGGCAAAUAAAAACGCUGAGAUUGACAUGGCUCCGAAGCCAGAUGCACGGAUUGUAAUUCUCAUGCUGGCCGAGGGUCAUGUCGCUUCAGACGUAAUUCCAGCUAGCGGCGACGAAACGACGCACGCCGGCGCGUUCUGCGGCCCGGAUGAGCGAAAGCUGGUCUUCGAGUUGGAGCUCGUGGACGCCGCUAUAGGCGCAGAUCAUGGCAUCGACUCCUUGGCAAGCGGUGGCCAGAGCUUGGAUAUCGGCCCAUGA